AUGUUAACCACAACCCUGGCAACCCAAGAUUGUAGCCAGCUACAGCGGCAGCUGGAUCUCAUGGAGGUCGACCUCAGCGUAAAUAAGGAAGAAGGAGACGCGGUUAUCAGAAUGAACGAUCAAAUUAUACGGCAGCUGAAAGCGGAGAAUACCACCCUGCGUCAGCAAGCAACCGCCAUGGCGCGUUCAUUUUCACUGAAUGCGAAUCCAGAGCGCGUCCAGCGUGAAAUAUAUUCCCUGGCACGCGAGGUAGACAAUCUGGGGCAUAAGCGCAAACGUCUCGAAAAGCAAUUGGCACUUAUUCGUGAAAAGGAGCCUCAAUUCACAGAUGCAUUCCUGGAUUCCAUAACGCCCACGGGCCGCUCUCUUAAGAAGGAAGCAGAGUACAUAUCAUGUGUCCAGAAGGGAUGUAUAAGACGCAACCCUAAUACCGUUGAUUUGACAUCCAGUGACGUCUUUAGGACACUAGAGAAGCGACGGGACGAAGUUGAGCUGAAAUAUAGAGAUGCAAGGGCCCUCAACGAUUUAUAUACCAAGCUGCGCAGACAGCUGCAAGAGCAAUCCGUGCUAUAUGAUAAGCAGAUACGGCAGUGUAAGACUGUGCUUUCAAAUAACGAGGACGCGUGCCGCCGAAUGAGCAUAAUAGCAGAGGAGGCUGUUCUCUCUUCCUUUGACAUGGAUAACACUCUCCAGACAGAGAAAAUGAACGCAACAAUGAAGAAAGCAGAUAACCAACAGAAGUUAGAGGAGAGGCGAGAGCAGGUGCGUAUUGCAAUGGCAAGCGCAAUGCCCAGGUCCCCAACCACUGCACGACCGUCCGCAGAGCCUGCAGACGACACAACCAUCAUCACCAUGGAGGAAGAAACGAUAGAGGCCUAUUGUAAGCGAAUGUUUUUGACACGCAUCUGUACAGAGACAGGCCUUACGAAGAUAGAUCGCUUUGCAGAGGUUGCAAAGCAGCAGCAAGUAGAAAAUCAAAGAUUGGAUGCGUUGUCCCAUACUCUCAGUGAAAAGGAUGAUGCAACAAAGAAAUCCAUCACGACGAUCCUCCAAGUUCUCACAGAUACAGAGUACAUGCUCGACUCACACACUUCCGUGUUGCAUGGAAACGUGUCAAAGCUGAGAGAUUCUAUUGAUGCUGCAAAGCAUGAGUUUGCCCAGACCAAAGAUAAAGCCAAGAGUGUCGAUAGCCUUAUAAAUGCAAUAAAUACUGGCCUCCAAACGCUUCUAGACAAGCUCCUUUUGGUAAAGGCCCCGCCACUUUCAGAGCUACAGACGAAAAAAGGCUUCGAAGAUCUCUUUUCAGACAUGCCUGACAAUAUAAAGGACAUAAUAGCUUACUACGGGAGUGAAGCAGGCAACGCCGAUGCUGCUUUGCUGCUCGAGAACGAGUUCCAGCAGAUAGUCAGCAUGGCCCUGGUCAUCGUUAGUAAGCUGAUCACCCUCAAGGAAUUUAGAAUUCGUGCCGGAAGCAGUAGUUGCGCUGCAUCUAUUAACAAUAGUUCAAUCUUGGAGACGCAAGGACUGCCAAUGCUGCCUCUGAACUCUCAACUAGUCGCUGAUCAAGGCGCAGAGCCUGCAGAGGGUGGACUUUACAAGACAGAGGAGAAAGGCGCUGAAAGUGCUGAAGAGUACUUCAACCAGAUCCUUGGAAAAGCUGACGCACAACCAGAAGGACCGGCUGUUCCUGCAGAGGUGGAGGCCUCUCCAGUGAACAACGUCGAGGCUCCCGUACUUGUUCGCACUGCUCCAACCGGAAGAACGCUACUCUCAAUAACAAAGGCAGACAUUUUUGGCAAAACAACAGAUAAGAAACUUACCAUGGAUACUCUCGGCGAUGAUGCCUUGUUUGACUCUGAUGAAGACGAUUAUAAUUACAACGCUAUUGUACAGGACGACUGUACCGGUGAUAACAUGAAGAUAGAUCUUCCUUGGGAUAGGCCUGCGUCCAAGGCACCUAUCCCUAGCAGGACGUCUGCAAAGAUCAGUGCCCGCAAUGAGAGGAUAAGGCGCAUACCGCAAGUGUUGCGAGAAAAAGACCCCAUGGAUCGUGACGUUAUUAAAAGGGCCUCUGAGGCUAUUGUACGCAUGAACAUGGUAGCAGAAGAGGAUAAGCAAGAGCAGUAG